UUUAUAUUGAAAACAAAAGCACCAUUCAGAUUAAAAUUUCUUUCAAUAAGACGGCAGCCUCUAAAUAUCCAGCUGCAAGUGACUUUUUAAAAAUAAAUCAGGGUAUAUAUAUAUAUAUAUAUAUAUACAGCGUGAUUGGCAUCGAUCGUCCAUUGUGUGGCUAGGCUGGCAGAGUCCAGUUCAGUUUGAGCGAAGCACUUAAAGUGGUCGCAUGUUUCGCAUAAAAAGCAAGAAUGAAGUUCGAAAGUCUUCUGAUUAUCUGCAUUAGCUUGCUUCUCCAACUACAGAUGGGAGCAACUACGAGUAUACGAGUGUUGAAAUCGGACAACAGGGAACACUUAAGAAGAACGGAAGUCAUGCCCACACAAAUUCAAAGAAAUUCGAGUUGUUAUAUUUGCCUGCUGUUAUUCAGUAGUGAAACUAUUUCUUCUGUUGGAGCUUACAGUCCUGAAAAUGAUCCUCACCGAAAAUGGAUCUGGUUUAAUGAGCAGGAUAAGCGGGGCUUAUGGCCUUCGACACAGCGGCCUCUGGAACAUUGGCCCACCCUGGCACCCCCAAACUUGGAUGAUUCGGAGCUCCAAUGGCAUCCAGUCUCAGAUCCAACGUCAGCCGAGCCCACUUUGGACCCACUACCCACGCCCACAACCAUGGGCAAAGGAUAUGACUCGGUAAUCGAUGACUAUUUGGCAAAGGUGGAUCUCACUGUCGCGGACAUCGAGGAGGAGGAUGGCCAGCUGGUCACCACAAUCGUGGACAAACAAGGACGAGUUCUAAGUGUCACUUUUGCACUGAGUAAUGACAAAGGACGAGAGCUUUCUACGAUCAAACGGCGUCACACUACGAAAUGAUGUAUAUAUAUACAACUAAAAAGUGUAAGCAAAUAUGAAUACAUAUAUUAAAAUGCCUUAACAGACAAUUUUAGUAUAAAUAAUAGGUAUUUCC